GCAGAGCCCUUCUCGUGGGAAGCCUCCUCUUGGGAACGGACGGGCGUCUUGCAAAGGCCUCAUCCAGCUUCAGUCUUUUGAAUCCUGGGGAGGAGGGGAGACCCUGGCCCCAUGUCCCCUUGUCGCCCCUUUGCAUGCACGUGCCAGGCAGGGGGGCGGGCAGAGCGCCAGACCUGCUGCGUUGGCCCCUGGAAAAGGCCCAGGAUCCUCAGGAAGGAGGAGGGGACCUGGGGGAGCCCUCCACCCCACUCCACCCCGCCCACCCCCCACUGCCAGCAUUUCCAACAGACCAAAACUUUUGCAGGAACGGAGACCAUCAUGAGACUCUGGCUGCGCUUGCACAGAAGAGUGCUUGAUCAUAUGAAUGGAAAGAUCGUUGGAGAACCAGGAGAUCUGUUGACCCCAUUUGGGUCUGUGUUAGGGAACAGAGAAGAAAUGAGGGAACAACACCCAGUAGGUGAAGGAGCUGGAAAAGGCCCUCCUGCUGCUCAGCCUGCCAGAUGUGGGGAGAUCUGCGCAAGAACCAGGCAGAAGAUCCUGGAGGAAGAAGCCAUCAGUUCAGAGGCCUGGUGUUGGCACUUCAGGAAGGAACAUUACCAGGAGUCCAAGGGGCCACGAGAGCUUUGCAGGCACCUCCACUACCUUUGCCGUCAGUGGCUACAGCCAGAAACACGAACGAAGGCUCAGAUGCUGGACCUGUUGAUCCUGGAGCAGUUCCUGGCAGUCCUGCCCCUGGAGAUGGCGCGCUGGGUGCGGGAAUGUGGGGCAGAGACUAGUUCCCAGGCGGUGGCCCUGGCCGAAGGCUUCCUGCUGAGCCAGGCAGAGGAGGAGAAGCAGGAAGAACUGCAGAUACAGCAGGCCCAGAGACCGUUCUUGGAGUCCGUCAUAGAAGAUCCUGAGGGAGGAAGGGAGCUGCUUCUCAGGGGGAUCUCCAAGGAAGAUCCAUGUUGUGACACUUCAGGAGAGAGUAGGAUGAUGUCAAUGGUGUUUGCAGGAUCCUCUCCUUUUUCUAGUAUCUUUGAAAGAGCAGUUGGACCUUCAGCUCAGGCUCUCGUGUCCUUUGAGGAGGUAACUGUCUAUUUCUCCAAGGAAGAGUGGGCUCUGUUGGAUCCUGACCAAAAAGCCCUGCACAGAGAAGUCAUGCUGGAGAAUGCAGGAAAUGUAUCUUUUCUGGGUACGUCUCCCCUGCUGUGCCCUCAGAUGCUCCAAAGAGAUAUUUCAUGCUCAGAUGUCACCAACACAUUCCCCAAUCGGGCAUCUUCUCUUGGCCAGCAGGAGAAGGUCCAAGGAAGGUUAAAAAAAUAUUACACAAAUCACACAAAGAGACAACAGUAUCAAUGCAGAGAUGUCAAAAAGUCUUAUAGUAGGACUGUUUCUAUAGAUCAAAGGAUCAACAUGGGAGAGAAUCUGUAUAGGUGCAUGGAAUCUGGAGAAAGCUUCAGCAACAGCAGUUCCCUGACUUCCCAUAAAAUAAAUCAUAAAGUUGAGAAACCAUAUAAAUGUAUGGAAUGUGGAAAGAGUUUUAAUCAAAGGAGUAACUUGAUUUCCCAUAAAAGGAUCCACAGCAAGGAAAAACCAUAUAAAUGUACAGAGUGUGGGAAGAGCUUCAGAAAAAGCAGUUACCUUACUUGUCAUAAAAGGAUCCACACUGGGGAGAAGCCUUAUAAAUGCAUGGAGUGUGGGAAGAGCUUCAGCAAGAAGAGUUCCCUUACGUCUCAUGAAAUAAUCCACACAGAGGAGAAGCCAUAUAAAUGUAUAGAAUGUGGAGAAAGUUUCAGCAACAGCAGUUCCCUGGCUUCUCAUAAAAUAAUCCACACAGAAGAGAAACCUUAUGAAUGUAUGGAGUGUGGAAAGAGCUUUAGGUGGAGUAGUCAGCUUAUUUCCCAUAAAAGGAUUCACACAGGAGAGAAACCAUAUCACUGCACAGAGUGUGGAAAGAGCUUCAGGUGGAGUGGUGAUUUCACAUCUCAUAAAAGAAUCCAUACAGGAGAGAAGCCAUAUAAGUGUGUGGAAUGCGGGAAAAUAUUUCGAAAAAGUGGUUCCCUUACUUCCCAUAAAAGUAUCCAUACCGGAGAGAAACCAUAUAAAUGCAUGGAGUGUGGAAAGAGCUUUACUCAGAAUGGUAAACUUACUUCUCAUAAAAGGGUCCACACAGGGGAGAAACCAUAUAAAUGUAUGGAGUGUGGAAAAAGCUUUAGUCAGAGCAGCCACCUGAUUUCCCAUAAGAGGAGCCACUCAGGAGAGAAACCAUAUAAAUGUAUGGAAUGCGGAAGGAGCUUCAUGUGGAACAGUCAACUUACAUGUCACAGAAGUGUUCACACAGGGGAGAAACCAUAUAAAUGUGUUGUGUGUGGGAAGAGUUUUAGUGACAUCAGUCAUCUUACUUCUCAUCAAAGAAUUCAUACAGGGGAGAAACCAUAUAAAUGUGUAGAAUGUGAAAAAUGCUUCAGCAACAGUAGUUCCCUUUCUUACCACAGAAGGAUCCAUACAGGAGAGAAACCUUAUAAAUGUGUGGAAUGUGGAAAAUGUUUUAGUCAAAGCAGCAGUCUGAUUUCCCAUAAAAGGAUUCACACAGGGGAGAAACCAUAUAAAUGCACUGAAUGUGGGAAGGGUUUCCGUGAAAAUGGGUCCCUUCGUUCCCAUAAAUUGAUUCACACAGGGGAGAAACCAUAUGAAUGUAUGGAGUGUGGAAAGAGCUUCAGUCAGAGCAGUUCUCUUACUUCCCAUAAAAAGAUUCACACAGGUGAGAAACCAUAUAAUCCAUAGAGUGGGGGAGGAUUUCAGCUGAAUUCCGUAUAAAGAUCCACUCAUGAUGUACUUGAUUCUAUUCAUCUAUACCCUACCUUCAAAUUCUCAGCUAUAGAACUAUGCUUUCUCUGAUUCUUGAAUUCUCAGGACCUGUGUUUUGGCUUAGAAGGGGCAACCACAUAAAACCAUAAAUAUAUUGAUUUGUAUUUUUUGGUUCAAAUAUCUUUAUUGCAUCUCUUAUGUCAUGUAGAGUCCAUUUGAUAGUACCAAUGGACAUGUAUGAAAAUAUAAUGUACAAGACAUGCUCAAAGCAGACCAUAAAGGCAGAAGGGUUUGUUUAUGGAAGUGACAGAAGAGGGUCGCAACCCUGACCAGUACAUGUUCUAAAGUCAUGUGCUGUUGAGAGGAUGUAGUUUGGCUGAGUCAUUUUGGGGUACAUAAAAAGGUUCAUCUCAUCUGGAGAAGCUGUUUGGAGGAAUCCUCCUAAUGCCCAUUGUUUCUGCGUCUUCAUUCUGUGACAGUUUGUACCAGGGAAAGCAAGUAUCAUAAAUGGACCAUGAAACCCCAUGUAACUUUUAUGGUUACAGUAAAGUGUUCAAUAAAGGU